CCCGCUAUUGCGCMGCGAUUUGCUGUAAAAACCGCCGAGGACCGAACAAUAAAGACCGGAAGCUGAGCUUUUACCCAUGUAUUGUGAAUCCCAUUUUCCUUUAGACCAAAAACUAUCAUUCACUAAUGGUCAGCUGCUUUCCAUCAUCUGAAGUAUUGAGGGGAAAAAAAUUGAUAACCUUAAGUAAUUCAUACUACAUGACAAUAUAUCCAGUAAUGUCUCCUUGGAUCCCUUCCACAGAGGUUUCCUCUACAUGACAAAGAAAGACUUGAAAAAUGGUUAAAGAAUAUGAAACGUGAUUCUUGGGUUCCUAGUAAAUACCAGUUCCUAUGUAGUGACCAUUUUACUCCUGACUCUCUUGACAUCAGAUGGGGUAUUCGUUAUUUAAAACAAACUGCAAUUCCAACAAUAUUUUCUUUGCCUGAAGACUAUCAGGGAAAAGACCUCUCCAAAAAAAAAUCUCAGAAGAAAAAAUUGGAAGAGAAAGAAGUGUGCCUAAAAGCCAGGUCAGAAGAAUCAUUUGCAUCAAAUGAGGCAAAGAAUAUUACAGUUAACACAGAUGUGCUUCCUGAACAUGUAGAAUUGCUUGAUUCGUCUGCCUUGCUGAAGCCAACAGCUCCAAAGCCAGGAAGCUUACAAAAUAAAGUAUUAACUCUUAAUCUAGUUAAGGAAGACACUGAAAAUCUGAAAUCUACCCUGGAAAAAUCAAUKAACCAAGAUUUAGAUUUAAGAGAAUUUCAUACAUCUUUUGAGAAUCAAAAUUCUACAACUAUUACUUUGACGACUUCAAAUUCAGAAGGUAGUCACCRGUCUUUGGAAAGCCAAGAAGUACUUGAAAUAACAACCAGUCAUCUUGCUAAUCCAAACUUUACAAAUAAUUCCAUGGAAAUUAAAUCACAGGAAAAUCCAUUCUUAUUCAGCACAGUUAAUCAAACAGUUGAAGAUAUAAACACAAAUAAACAAUCUGUUAUUGCCAUUUUUGUGCCCACAGAAAAUUCUAAACCUGUAGUUAAUUCCUUUAUACCUGCCCCCAAAGAAACCAUGGAAAUGGAAGACUUAGACACUGAAGACUCCUUAUAUAAGACUAUAGAUCAUGGGGCAGAAGUUUUACAAAUUGAACAUUCUUAUUGCAGACAAGACAUAAAUAAGGAACAUCUUUGGCAAAAAGUCUCUAAACUACAUUCAAAGAUAACMCUUCUAGAGCUACAAGAGCAACAAACUCUAGGAAGAUUAAAGUCUUUAGAAGCUCUUAUAAGCCAGCUAAAACAGGAAAACUGGUUAUCAGAAGAAAAUGUCAAGAUUAUAGAAAACCAUUUCACAACAUAUGAAGUCACUAUGAUAUAAAGAAGUUUUAAAGCUAUGGUUUUAUAUAUGCUUUUUCCAGCUAAACCAAAUUUCCUGUAAAGUGAACUUUUUCCUAUAUAAUGUUCUCAUCUUGAUGAA